AUGAGAGAGAGGUUUUAUCCAUCGCACGUCCGAGCCGCCAUGUACGAGGAGUUCUUACAUCUCCAGCAGGGCUCGUCAUCUGUGGUGGAAUACCACAAGCGCUUCUUGGAGCUUGCCCGUUUUGCAAGGAUGCCGGUCCCCACCGAGCUCGCGAAGGUGGAGAAGUUCGUGGCAGGGCUCAACUAUGAAGCCCGGAAGGCAUUGACUGUGAGCAAGCCGAGUACCCUGAAGGAGGCUUAUCUUAGCGCGACAGAUCUAUACAGAGUACAACAGUUGCAGCGAGGGUCGUUUGGGUUCGUCAAGAAGAUGAAUGAAGGAAGUGGGGCCCACAAUUUCAAGAAGCCGAGACAAGACUUCCGAUCCAGACCCGCGUCUUCCCCACCUCAAGGAUCAACUCGGGCGGAGAAUGGAGCUCAAGAGAGGACUUUUGCCUGCAAGAGAUGUGGAAAGGAACAUGUGGGGAAAGAUUGUCAAGGACUUGCACUCCGAUUUUUCAAGUGCCCAAAGAGGGCACAAGGCAUUUGA